CUCCACCCAGCACAGGAGUGAGGAACAAAAGCUGCCUCCGGGAGGCCCUCAGGCAGACAGACAAGCCCAGGGACCGGAGAGUCGCUGCUAGACCGGAGAAAGUCCUGGCAGCUGGAAGUCACCCAAUCCAUACCGUCUUCAUCCUGUUUCUAUAGAAGCCGUGUGAUCUACAGGGCUGAAACCUGGGGUCGAAGAAGUUGGCAGGCUCUCCCGGCCUCGUGGCCCCCACGCCCCGAGUGGGUGCUCCCCGCUGCAGACGGUCCCCGUGAGGAAGCAAGGACACAGUCGUCAUGAACUGGGCGUCCCUGCAGGGCCUCCUGAGCGGGGUCAACAAGUACUCCACGGCGCUGGGCCGCAUCUGGCUGUCGGUGGUGUUCAUCUUCCGCGUGCUGGUAUACGUGGUGGCGGCCGAGGAGGUGUGGGACGACGAGCAGAAGGACUUCGUCUGCAAUACCAAGCAGCCGGGCUGCCCCAACGUCUGCUACGACGAGUUCUUCCCCGUGUCCCACGUGCGCCUCUGGGCCCUGCAGCUCAUCCUGGUCACCUGCCCCUCGCUGCUCGUGGUCAUGCACGUGGCCUACCGCCAGGAGCGUGAGCGCCGCCACCGCCUGAAGCACGGGCCCAACGCCCCGUCCCUGUACGACAACCCAAGCAAGAAGCGGGGUGGGCUCUGGUGGACCUACCUGCUGAGUCUCCUCUUCAAGGCGGCCGUCGACGCCGGGUUCCUCUACCUCUUCCACCGCCUCUAUGAGGAUUAUGACAUGCCGCGCGUGGUGGCCUGCUCUGAGUCCCCUUGCCCCCACACGGUGGACUGCUACAUCUCCCGGCCCACCGAGAAGAAGGUCUUCACCUACUUCAUGGUGGCCACCGCUGUCAUCUGCAUCCUGCUUAACCUCAGUGAGGUCACUUACCUGGUGGGCAAGAGGUGCCUGGAGACCUUCAGCCCAAGGAGCAAGCGGUCUCGGCACCGGGAUCACCUGCCUGACACCUGCCCCCCGUACAUCCUCUCCCAGGGAGAGCACCCCCAAGAUGGGAACUCUGUCCUAAUGAAGGCUGGGUCAGCCACAAUGGAGGCAGGUGGGUUUCCAUGACCUGUGAGGGCAGUGGCGAGGACCACUGGGGCUGUAGGCUGUUCCCUAAGGCCACACCAGGGCAGUGGCAUCUUUUCGGCCGCAGCGCGGGGGAGGAAGAUGGUUGCGGGGCUCGGGAAGCCCGCCCCUGGAGAGCAGUUUGGUCCCUGUGUCCUGAGUCCCAGGGGAGGGAGGUUGACAGCUGGUGGGAAUUUUGUAUAAGGCAAUGGGGUGUGUGAAAAACAUUAAUAAAUGUGAUUUUCCCAGUAUUUUAUAGCCUGGGUGGGGCAUGGCGGCUAGAAGCAUCGGGGGGUUCGGCACAGACCUCAGUAAGGAGGCCACAACCACUCAGUGGGCACCUGAGCCCCGGGACCUCAGAUCUAAGCUCAUCCAUCUCACACACACACACACACACACACACCACAACAUACACCACAAAAAGGGCACCCCCACGACACCGUGGGAAUAUGGAGAGGCCACUCCAGGGGCCUCUGGACUCUGCAAGCCGCUAGCCAAGGCAGGAGGAGUGGGACCGCAGGAGACUCUGGGCCCAGCACAGAUCUGUUCUCCAGUGAACGCCUGUGGUUCAGGAGGCCCCUGCCUCCGCCAUUCCAGCCUCCCUCACCCUGUCCAGCAUGAGUCUCAGGGAAGCGAGUCUCCUCUGAGGGGGGGAAGGGAAGGCCUAGAAGGGGUACAAUGGUGUUGAGAGCAAGCCCAGGAUGGGGAGUCUGCCAGGGUGCCCCACGGGGUUAACCCCACAAGCCAGAAACCUACCGAGAGCAUCCAAGCUAAAGGUCCCUCCCACAGCCUCAGAUCUGAGGCAUUUCCCUUCUCUUCCCCAGACUCGCAUACCCUCAUCUUCCCACCUCCACCCCCACCAGAGCCGCACCUCCAACCCAGACCUGCCUCUGAGCCCCAGAGCCUCCCACCAUCUGCCCAGGGAUCAACCCUCCAGGAGGCCCCCAGGUCUCCUCCAGUCAGCAGCUCCCAAAGGGACCGCAAGGACCCUCCUCACGCAUCACCCACCCCGCACCCUGGAUGGCUUGCCAGCCACCCAGCUGUCCGAGCCGGGAGCUAUCCUGACACCCUCAUGCCAGCCUCUCAUGGCGCACGACCCAGUGCAGUAUCACAUCCCCCCAAUUCCAACCCUAAACUCCGGAGUCAGCCCCCCCUCUCCCGCCUCUCUUCCACCGCUGGGACAGGGAGGCUUUCUACACACGCACCGGACUGCGGCGUUUCUUCUGCUUCAGAAACUUCCACGCCCACCACUGUCCCCCACUGCCCCUCCACCUGGUCCCUGCUGACCUCCCCGAGGUCACCCCUGCUUCCUCCCUCCUUGUCCUCGCCAAUAAUACCAAAUGGCUUACAGGUCCCCAACCAGAUAUCAAGCUGCCUCACGCCUCGGGCCUUCAGAUAUGUGUUCCAGACACCGGGAAUGCCCUUCCUUCCUCCUCUGGGACCCUUCCUCAGAUCUCAAGGUCCGAACACUUAAGUCUAGCUUGUUCUUGGGCCGUUCUCCCCAUCAGUCUGUGAGCCCUUCAUGAGCAGGACGCUGACUCACCCAGGUCCCCAGCUA